AUGAGUUUAAGAAACCACUAUCUGAGAAAACGUUUCAGAAUGUGGUUUCAAACGUCUAAAAUAGACAAUUUAAAUUCGAAAGAAGGACUUUUCCUUCGUCUUUACGAAGAAUGUAAAUUUGCCGAUCCUGGAGCGAGAUUGAGUUAUCAUUUGAGAAAUAAUUUGGGUAAAUUACCCGUUAAAGUCCGUAGAGAAAUUGCUAGCUUGUCAAAGGAUGGUUGUACUCCGUUGUUUAUUGCUUGUAAAAGAGGUCUCGUUGAAAUUGUGGAUUAUUUAAUAACCGUUUGCAAUGUCGAUAUCGAACAAAGAGGAAUGUAUGAACUUCCAGAUGCUAAAAAUGAGCAUUAUGUUACACCCUUAUGGUGUGCUGCUGUUUCUGGAAAACUUCCUGUCACCAUGUGUUUAGUUAAAUAUGGAGCAGAUGUGAAUGCUGUUUCUGACACAGGUUCGACUCCUGUUAGAAGCGCUUGUUUUAUGACACACCUUGACAUAGUUAGCUAUCUAGUUGAAAAUGGUGCAGAUAUACAGAGAGGAAAUUACAAUGGAGGAACAUGUCUUAUUAAUUCAGUUCAAAGUGUUCAAUUAUGUUUGUAUCUUUUACAACAUGGUGCUGCUGUCAAUGCGAAAGAUAUUCAAAAUAAAACUGCUCUACAUUAUGCCAUACAAGAAUAUCGUUUUGAAACGUCAAAAGUCCUUCUAGACCACGGAGCGGAUCCACACGCGAGAAGCGGAUGCAACGAUGAUGCUCUACAAACGGCGUGUCUUAAAGGAGCCGUGCAAAUAUUCGAUCAUCUCAUAUCUAGAAUUUACUAUCCACCGGAAAGACUGGCAGAUGCUCACGAGCUAUUAGGAUCGACAUUGUUAGACGAACACAAUGACCUUCAGGCAGCUCUUAGUCAUUGGAAAAUAGCAACAGCCAUAAGGCAAAUGUCCGUUCCGCCGUUGGAAAAACUUCCGUUGAUGCCACCGAGGCCGGCGUUUAAAUUUGCUAAAGAAUUCAAAACGGAAACGGAAUUGAGAAAUUUAUCAUUCGAUUUGGACGAACUCCGAACUCAAAGCCUUCUCAUAUGCGAAAGAGUUUUAGGGCCACAUCAUAAGAAUUCCCUAUUUAGACUUAUGUACCGGGGGGCAGCCUAUGCCGACGCAUUGAGAUAUCAAAGAUGUAUCGAUUUGUGGCGAAGAGCUUUGGAAAUUAGGGUUAAAAAAGAUUCGAUAUUAUUCAAUGACACGUGCUUCACGACUCAAGCUUUAGUUUGUCUUUACGUAGGUUUAAAAUGUUUAAAUUCGAACGCGGCUGAAAACAGGGGGAUAUCAUUACACGAAGGACCGAGGUUCGAAGACAUAGCUCAAACGUUUAAAUUAUUAGCCGAUGAGUUACCCGCUUCGAGACGGUUGUUAGAAAUUCAUCCCGUUCACAAAAAACAACAGGAAACAUUCGAUAGAAUUCUCAGAUGCGUGACGCAUUUGAUUUACCUCCUCGUCGAGACGGCAAAAACGGAAGAAGAAAAAUGGACGGUUAAAAAUUUAGUGACGAAAUUAUUACAAACGAAACCCAGGAGCGCCAUACACGGUGACACGUUGCUACACUUAUGCGUAUCGAGACUGAACACAAUUAAGGGUACCUAUUUUUCGGAUGAUAGUCAGUUAAUAUUUCCUAAUUUAGAUGUGAUCAAAUUACUAUUGGAAUGUGGUGCUCCGGUAAACGCCAUCAAUCAGUCUCAUUCUACUCCUCUUCACAUAGCCGCAAAUACGUAUAAUUUUUGUGCACCCAUGGUCGAACUCCUUUUGGAAAACGGCGGUCAUUUGGAUCAGCCCAAUUGCAAGGGAGAAUGUCCAAAGUCCAUGUUAACUAAAAACCAAACCGGUCUUUACUUGAUCAAAUACGUGAGUCUGAAGUGUCUCGCGGCGACCGUAGUCAUACGUCAUAACAUUUCGUUCAAGGGUAACGUUCCGGCCACGUUAGAAACGUUUCUAGCAUUUCAUCAACCCUAA